CGGCUAGUAGCCGCCACUAUGUUGAUAGAUUAUUUGACCUCGAUCCUCAGAAAGUCCUGCAAGGUGUCAUAGAUAUGAAAAAUGCUGUAAUUGGAAACAACAAACAAAAAGCCAACUUGAUUGUUUUGGGAGCAGUUCCAAGGUUGCUGUAUUUACUUCAGCAAGAAACCUCCAGCACGGAACUGAGAACAGAAUGUGCAGUGGUCCUCGGAAGCCUUGCAAUGGGUACAGAGAAUAAUGUCAAAUCUCUACUAGACUGCCAUAUAAUCCCAGCCUUAUUGCAAGGAUUACUGUCACCAGAUUUGAAGUUUAUUGAAGCUUGCUUGCGAUGUCUCCGUACCAUUUUCAUCAGUCCUGUAACUCCAGAGGAUCUACUAUACACAGAUGCUACAGUUAUCUCCCAUCUCAUGGCACUGCUCAGUAGGUCUCGAUAUACACAAGAAUACAUAUGUCAGAUCUUCUCACAUUGCUGCAAAGGUCCAGAUCACCAGACAAUCUUAUUUAACCAUGGAGCUGUUCAGAAUAUUGCACAUCUGUUAGUCUCCACCUCCUACAAAGUUCGAAUGCAAGCAUUGAAAUGCUUCUCAGUUCUAGCCUUUGAAAACCCACAGGUAUCAAUGACCCUUGUCAAUGUGUCGGUUGAUGGAGAAUUGUUACCACAGAUUUUUGUGAAGAUGUUACAAAGGGACAAGCCUAUUGAGAUGCAGCUCACAUCAGCCAAAUGCCUUACUUCCAUGUGCAGAGCUGGAGCAAUACGGACAGACGAUUCUUGUAUCGUUCUUAAGACUCUGCCAUGUUUGGUUCGAAUGUGUAGUAAGGAAAGACUGCUGGAGGAGCGAGUAGAAGGAGCAGAAACUCUAGCCUAUUUGAUUGAAACAGAUGUGGAGCUCCAGAGAAUUGCCAGCAUUACUGACCACCUCAUUGUCAUGCUUGCUGACUACUUCAAGUAUCCCAGCUCCGUGAGUGCAAUCACUGAUAUCAAGAGGCUUGACCAUGAUUUGAAGCACGCCCAUGAACUGCGCCAGGCUGCUUUCAAGCUCUAUGCUUCCCUGGGAGCAAAUGAUGAAGAUAUCCGAAAAAAGAUCAUUGAGACUGAAAAUAUGAUGGACCGUAUUGUUAAUGGCUUGUCUGAAUCUAGUAUCAAGGUGCGAUUAGCUGCAGUCAGAUGUUUGCACAGUUUGUCCCGUUCUGUACAGCAGCUCAGGACAAGUUUUCAGGACCAUGCUGUAUGGAAACCUUUAAUGAAGGUUUUACAGAAUGCUCCAAAUGAAAUUCUUGUAGUAGCAUCUUCUACACUAUGCAAUCUUCUUCUGGAAUUCUCUCCAAGCAAGGAGCCUAUUUUAGAAUCAGGAGCCAUAGAACUUCUAUGUAGUUUAACACAGAGUGAAAAUCUUGCCUUGCGAGUGAACGGCAUUUGGGCUUUAAUGAAUAUGGCAUUUCAAGCAGAACAGAAAAUCAAAUCAGAUAUCCUACGAGGUCUGAGUACAGAACAGUUAUUCCAGUUGCUUUCUGAUUCCGAUGUAAAUGUUCUGAUGAAAACUUUGGGACUGCUAAGGAAUCUUCUAUCAACUCGCCCACACAUAGACCAUAUAAUGAGCACUCAUGGGAAGCAGAUCAUGCAAGCAGUGACCCUCAUUCUGGAAGGAGAGCACAAUAUAGAAGUCAAAGAGCAGACAUUAUGUAUACUUGCUAAUAUAGCAGAUGGAACAACAGCAAAAGAACUAAUUAUGACCAAUGAUGACAUCCUACAGAAAAUCAAAUACUACAUGAGUCAUUCAAAUGCUAAACUCCAGCUUGCUGCCAUGUUUUGUAUAUCUAAUCUCAUAUGGAAUGAAGAAGAAGGUUCACAAGAACGCCAAGAUAAAUUACGAGACAUGGGAAUAGUAGAUAUUCUACAUAAAUUGAGUCAGUCAUCGGAUCCAAAUCUGUGUGACAAGGCGAAGACAGCACUCCAGCAGUAUCUUGCAUGAUCAAAGACUAAUUGAAUCUAUGGACACCCCUCAUGUCUACUUAAGGAAUAGCAGGAGAUAUUCCUGACUCCUUAUAUUUGCACAAGUCACCUUGGGCUGCAUUUUUCUCAGGUGCAGGGAGCUGCUUUGCAGAAACAGUUUAAAUGAUCAGGUCUCCAGUGCACUUGAGAAUUUUCUUGAGGUAGUUUCUUCACUCAGAGGACUCUUGGGGGGUUGUUUUGGUUUUUUGUUGUUGUUUGAUUUUUUUUUUCCUGAGCUACCUGGACUUUUGGAUAGAACAAUCGGUCAUCAUUUUCCUUUUGGGCCUACAAUUUUCUGCUUGUGCUGCAGCCUGCGUGUGUGGAUGUGUGUGGGUGUGCUCGAGUGUGUGCGUGUGCUUGGGUGAAUGUGUGUGGGUGUGAUACCUCAAUUUUGUUUUUCCUUUUUUUGUGUGAAAAUCUUUUUCUACAGGUUUUCAAAGGUUAACCAUUGUUUGCUGUACGAAUACUUCAAUGAAUUAUAUACAGUUUGAAUGAAAUGUUAUUUAAAAAAAACCAAACUGUUGUAUCCCAUAAAGUUUAUUUUGAAUUUUGAACAGAUGAAUGUUUUUAAGUAAAAUAUAUGCAUUUCUGAACUUCA